AGUUGUUUUCCGAUGAAUACAUAGAGUAAUUGAAUUUAAAGCCAGUUGACAAGUAAACUAUCUGACAAUUAGUCUGACGUUAUAUUUAGCCAUGUAUUCUCAAACAAAGAGAGGAAAAAAUAUAAUUUGUGAUGUGAUAGAUUUUAUUUCGUUGGAAAUGUUGGACUAACUAUUUCAUAACAAAUAUUAUUGAAACUAUUUCUUGAUGGUGAUGAGCUUUACAUUUUUAAGUGAUAAUGGUUCAUCAAACCAGGUAGAAUGUUCGACGCCAACUUGGGGUUAUAGUAUUUUAGCAGGGCAAGUGAUUGGAUAUUGUUUAUUAUUCGUUCCGGUGCUUGAUGUAACUAUAAAUAUUAUAACGUUAGCGUACACUAUACGUGCACCUAAAUUAAAAGCUAACACUCGGUUGUUUCUAUGUUCGUUGAUGAUCUGUAACACAUUCUCCGGAGUGUUUGUACUUCCGGUCAAGUUGUUUGGAAUGAUAACAGUGGAGCUGAAAAUACCUGGUCAAUUAAUAGUUUUACUCUGUGAUCUCGGCAACAGUUUUGAUGGCAUGCUCCGCACGAGCUCUAUAUUUCAUCUUUCCGCGUUGGCUUUCGAUGAAUAUAUCUCUGUUUGCCGGCCAUUCAGACGAAGUUACUGGUUAAACCGGAAGUUCAAUACGAUACUAUUUGUCGGUUGUUGGAUAAUUCCAGCUAUUUUGUAUUUUUGUUUUAUUCCUCCGAAAAUUCAUAUUAAAGGGAUUGAACAACAAAUGGAAUGUUUAUUUCAACGAACAAAGAUGUGCCAAUUUAUUUCAAAUAAGCCAUACGCUAUUGCAACUACAGGUAUAUGUUAUAUUGUGCCGACAGCGUUCAUUUUGCUUUGCAAUGCAUGUACAAAGUCAUCUGUUGAAAAACGGGAACAAAUGUUUUAUAAACUUGUUCAAAUCAACACGAAAAAACGCAGUUUUAACAGGAGACAUUUUGGAACAAAAUUGGCGCGCAUCGUUAUUUUAUUAUCAUAUUCAUGCAUUUUAUGCUGGUUCCCUUUCUACUUGAUUACUUUUAUAGAUCCUCUUACCUCUUACAGGGUACCAACCUACAUGUGGUUGCUUGUAUCUUGGAUAGGGUACACAAACUCGAUCAUACUUCCAAUAAUAUAUCUCAAAUUAACCAGAGUUUUGACAUUUUAGUAAGCAUGUGAUAUUUGGAAUGUGCCUAUUAUACUGCAAUUAAAAACGUGCCUUUCCUUAAUUAUUAUAUUUAUUAUAUAUUUUGCUCUCAUUAUGAUAAUGCAAUCAUGUAUGCAAUUACAGGCAUUUUGCUGGAAUAAAUACAAAGAGCAGUCAUUUUGUAACUCAAAAUUCUGGUUCAUAUUCUAUAAGAACUGAAGAAAGAAAACUGAUUUGAUAUAAAAAAAUGAUUUUUUUCUGUGAAAGAUUCAUAUUUAUAAACCAAUUAUGAAAAUUAUAACUAAAUAUAUAUCUUGAUAAUUAAAAUUUUAUGAAAUUUAA